CGGCAAUUCUCCUGGAACUGUCUUACUCGUCGCUACAACGUUGUCAUCAGUGCUGUUGCAUCCAAUUUCACCACUGCAAUUAUUACUGCAGCUGUUGUUAUCUUUCGAAAGGAAAUAACCGAAAAUUCAGGUAAAAACUUAUAACAUGAGUUCUCCGUCGUUGAAAGAUUUGCCCAAAGUGGCCGUCGACUUGAAAAGCCAACUAGAAGGGUUCAACACCGAAAACAUGAAGAAAGCCGACACCAACGAAAAAAUCGUUCUUCCUACUGCCGAAGACGUGCAACGCGAACGCCAACAUAAUGACUUCAUCAACGACGUCAAUAACUUUAGCCCGGAUAAGCUUAAGAGAACAGACACCAUGGAAAAAGUUAUUUUGCCCAACGCCCAAGAUGUGGCUCAAGAGAAAACCCAAAAGGCAUUCACAGAGGCACUCAUCGAGGGUGUAGCCGGUUUCGAUGUCGGCAAACUCAAGCACACCGAAACCCAGGAGAAAAAUCCACUUCCCGACAAGAACGCAAUUGAAGUGGAAAAGGAGCAGAAACAAUUAAUAUCUGGCAUUGAAAACUUUGAUCCUAAAAAGUUAAAGCCCACUGUUACCGAAGAAAAGAACCCGUUGCCUACAAAAGAAGUCAUAGCCGAAGAGAAACAGGCGUAGUUCCGUCACUGGCUAACGGGCACAAGAUGGAUAUAUAUAUUAUUUUAUUCUUAAUACUCUUACAUUCGUGUUGAGAUUCCCACGGCGUGGCGAUUUGAUUGGUUUUCUUUUUAUAUAUUUAUAUGUAUUUUUUUUUGUAUUGAAUUUUUUAUAUGAAAAUCGGUAUUUUAAAAACCAAAAUCUAGUGCCGUCUUCUUGAUAUAUAUUAACUAUUUAGUUAAGUAAUUAAUGUGUUUUUAAUGAAUUUUUUUAACACUAAAUUAAUUUAUAUUUAUUCCUUUUGCUUUUUAUUAUUUUUAUACAUAUACAUCUAUAUCUAUACACCUAUAACCGUAUACAUUCGUAUUAUAUUCUAUAACGUCAAUACA